UGAUACAACCCAUUUUCUCUCUAUGGGACAAAAUAUUUCCCUUAUGUCAAUUUUCUCGUCACAUUGUACUAAAAUUAAAAGUAUAAAUAUGUCCUACAAGCGGCUUAUUCUUCUAAUACAAAUAUUGCAAAAAAACAUUGGGCGCGUAAAUCAAAAAAGUAUCAGUGAAUUUCCAGCAAAACUUAGAGACAUUUACACUGAACGUCUUUUAACACAUCCUUACUAUACCCAAUGUGCACAAUCCGCGAUAAUAAUGAUGGCAAGCGAUUUAAUUGCCCAAAAAAUGGAAGGACUGCAAAAAAACUGGUUUCGUACUUUUAGAUUUGGAUUACUGGGAACUUUUUACAGUGGACCAGUGCUAUGUUUUUGGUACAAAUACCUUGAAUAUGCAAUUAGAGAUGGCCGAGAGAGCCAAAUAUUGAUAAAAAAAGUGCUACUAGAUCAACUCGUAUUUUCUCCAAUUUACUUCUUUUUCAUGUUAAUACUCACCCUAGGAUUAAGAGAUAGAGAAAUUUUUUGGAAAACAUUUAGAGAAGUCCUUUUUGACAGCUACAAGCUGUGGCCUUUCUUUCAAAUAAUCAAUUUCACAUUUGUACCAAUUAACUAUCGGAUCCUGGCAGGACAAUUAAUGGCCGUUUUGUGGAAUAUAUACCUUUCAUCAAAACUACAUCAUGAGCGCGAAAACGUAAUUAUAAGCAUACAAGAAGAACAAGAUAAAUUAAAAGAGGAACAAAUAACACAAGACAACGAAUUAAAAGAAACAGAACUUCAACAAAAUUUAGAUAAUCAACAAACUGAAAUAGAGGAACAGAAUAUCGAAGAACAAGAAUAUUUUUCAAAUAACACAAAAGCAAAUAACAUAGAAGGAGAUCAGAAAGAAAAUACACAAUUAGAAAUACAAGAAUCAGAAAAUGAAAAAGAAUUAAAAAAUGAACACCAAAUAGAUGAUAUAGAAGGAGAAGAAGAUAAUAACAAUGCAAGAAACAUUAACCCAGUAGAUAUAGAACAGAAAGAAUUUGAACAAGAAUCAGAAGAAGAACAGCAACUAAUAAUAGAUAAAAUAAAGGGCCUGAUUGAAAACACACUGCCAGAAAAUAUUAAAGCAAUAAUUUUAUAUGAUAAUGAAAAACAGGAAGGAACAGAAUAAUAAUAACAAAAUAAUGGGUAAAAAUUUGCCGAAUCAAAAAAUACAACUAACGAAUCAAUACGAAGUAUAGAGGAAGUAGCUAUGCGUAACCAAGACAAAACAAUGGUAGUAUAUAAAAUUAAAAAAAAAAUUAGAAAUACAAAUUCAAAAAAAGAAACGCAAAUCCUUUAACAUGCAAACGAUCAAUGGAAGAUGACAGCUCUCUAACAAUUUACGUAAAGGGCCAUUAAAAAAACGAACUACCUGCCACUUAUAACAUUAAUAAAUAACUCGUUAAUGUUAAUAUUAGUGGGUUUUAAUCGGUAAUCCGUAUAUACAAGUUCUACAUUUUUUCCUGUCGUCUUAAUAGUUUGUACAAAAAAAAUACCGAAAAAUAAAUCCGUUACAUAGCU